GGAGCCAGUUACUCGCGACUCGCGGGCAUCUUGGAGACUCUGCUUUUCCUCUUGCGUGCAGUCAGUUUGGUAUCGUAGCGAGUAACUAUCAGACGUUAUUUUUUUCGUGUCUUAUUCGAUAAUUCACAAUUUGAGACUCUGAACAAGAGGAACGCAGUUGCAGGUCAGCGAAAUGUUUUACAAACUGGUAACGUCGGUGUUACCAAUACUACUGCUGGUAACUUACGUAUCAACGCAAUGUCUCACUGGAAACGACAGUCCUCGGACGAUGAACGUUGGUUCGAAGAAAGCUGUGAUCAACUCGAGAUUCGGGUUCGCCCUCGAUACGCUUAAGAAGAUGUCUCAGAUAGAGUCGCGCGACAAUAUUUUUUAUAGUCCGCACAGUCUUCAUCAGGCUCUGACCUUGGCAUAUUUCGGCGCUCGAGGCACCACCGAGAACUCUUUAAAAAAAGCCUUGCACAUAUCUGACGAUCUGUCCAAGGUCGACGUACAACGAUACUAUGCCUACGAGAAUUCCUUCAAAAAGCCGAACGACCAGCAGAAUUCAUCAGCAGACUAUGAGUAUAACUCUGCGAAUCGAUUGUGGAUAUCGGACACGAGAAAAAUACGAGAAUGUAUGCUAGACUUAUUUGGAGACCAACUGGAAAAGACUGAUUUUCAUACUAAUCCAAAUGCGGUUCGUGAUCAUAUCAAUCAAUGGGUGAGCAACGAGACCAAAGGACAUAUCCGUGAUCUUCUUCCUCCUACCAGUAUUACAGAAAACACUGAUUUGGUCUUGGCUAACGCGGUGUACUUCAAAGGUCGUUGGAAGAGCCGUUUCGAUUCAGCCAAUUCGAAGAAGGAUAUUUUCUACUCCUCUAACUCCCAACAUUCUAUGGUUACGUUCAUGAAGCAGAAGGGAAAUUUCAAUCAUCUCGUUUCAGAAGUACUGGGCGCGCAUGUGCUGGAACUGCCUUAUGAAGGCAACAUCUCAAUGUUUAUCCUUCUUCCUCCAUUCGUUUUCGCAAAAUCCAUCGCUGACUCUGAGCAAAACGGCGAGCGAGACAGUGUUCGUCAGUUGGUCGAACGUAUCUCCACGCAUUCAGGAUCUGUGGAAUUGCGCACACUUUUGGAUAUGGGUAUACCUCCUGAACAGGUGGAGGUCAUCCUGCCGCGAUUCGAGGUGGAAAAGGAACUUCAAAUAACCACGCUGCUUCACGCUAUCGGAGCUGGUGAAUUGGUAACACCCAACGCAGCUGAUCUUCGUGGCUUCAUCGAGGACGGCGAAAAACCGUUGCAUUUGGGUGAUGCUGUGCACCGCGCGCGAAUCGAAGUCACCGAAGAGGGCACCACCGCAGCCGCCGCUACCGCUCUCUACACUUGGCGGUCUGGACGACCACUGCAACCGGCAGUUUUCAACGCGAAUCAUCCGUUCUUGUACUUCAUCUACGAGAAACCGACGCGUAACAUUUUAUUCAGCGGAAUUUAUCGUUCCCCCAAUCUUGCAAACGCAUCAUCCUGAGUAUGAAUACAUUAUAUUUUUUGGAGGGAUGAGUUUUGGACGAAUGAGAAGCUUUUGUGGGCAUGUAAGUAAAUACAUGAUGGGAGAGUUUGUUUGCAUGUGUGUACUUUGGAACGAUUGCAAUCUAUUGUUGUUUACAGAGCGUUUUAAGAAUUUUGUAAUUUUGUAUAAAUUAAGCGUUGCAACUCGUCAUUAUUUGUAAUCUUUCGGUGACAUAAAUGUCCGGAACGUGUCGACAGAGAAUCUUAAAAAAGUAAUGUUUGAUCAUUAUUUUCACUAUAGAUGGAGACUUGUUAACGGUUUCCACUAUAAUAUUUUGGUGCGAUAGUAAAUAUUGCUAGAGUGGCAAAAAUGUGCGAUAUUACGAUGAAAUUUGACUUAUUAUACGUGUGACGUAAUUUUUAAAG